GCAGACAUUCUUGUGGCUCUUUGGGCCAAUAUGGCGAUUGUGGAGGUUCAUGCGAAAAUGUCAUAGUUUUUUAUGUACUGUGUGUGUACCGUGUGGCCGCGGGCGAAGGCUGAUAUCGUGGUAAAAUACAUUUGAAGUGUUUGAGUUGCGGUGGUACCUAUUUUAAAAAAUUUAUGCUUAGGCCACCACCUUUUUUUCGAAUGUAAAAUAUUGGGGCCAAGCUCAUUCUUCGCUGCUUCCUAACUCUGAAAGAGUAAGAUCAAACAAGACCAGACUUGGAAGAAACUUGUAAACAAGAGCCUAAAAACUUCGAUCCUGCAAUCAUCCCGCAGUACACUAGUUGGACUAAAUAUAAGGCAGAAGAAAAAUGGACAGCUCUGAAUAUGAGUUAGUUCGCAAUAUGACUCUACUAUUUUUUUUUGAACGCUUGAUGGACAAGGGUGGCCCAAGAUCCUUACAUGACUUGAGUUGCCAGUUUGGUGCGAAAGGUUUUACCAAGGAAAUGCGUCAGAUUGCUGGUGGCUCUCAAAGUGGGUUGAAAAAAUUUCUGGCUAAAUAUCCAGCCUUAUUUCUGAUAAAUGGUGAUUAUGUUUUUGUAAAUACGUUUCAACCCGUUGUGGCUGAAGAUAAUGGGUCAAGUCUGGGAGGAAAGCGGGAUUAUGCCCAAGAAGCGGUAGAAUAUUUUUCCAUGAAACUAAUGCAAUAUGGAAUCGGUACUGAAGUACCCAUCAAAAGUUUAUUGGGUCAUAGAUCUCAGGCUUCUUCUGAGGUUAGACAUAUUUCUGGACAGCAUUACAAAGAGUUCAGAGACUUCCUCAUGAGAUAUCCUGAUGCCUUUGCUGUAACGGAAGAUAAUGUUGUUUUGAAGCAGUAUGAAGGCAUGAAAGCUGAACCAUUUCGUGAAUUAGAGCCAGAGACUAUUGACCCAGAGGUAACUGCCAGGCUACUUGAUUUUUUUGCACAAUGUAUCGAUAACAAAGGACCAACAUUAGUCGACCAAUUAUUUCAUCUUGUAACAUCAAAAUUCCCUCAAGAAACUUGGAUGUCGAUAUUCAAAACCCCUCAAGAUUUGUCGACUUUCUUGAAAAUGUUUUCCGAUGCCUUCCAUGUUCAGAGUAAUUUGGUUACACUGAUUAGCAGGCCAAAGACUUUCAACAUCGAUAACUGCCAUGGAAAAAUACAAAGUUCAUCCAGCCCAGGAGUACAGAACUACAAUAAUAAUAGAUCCCAGCCAAAUUCGCUCCAAACUUCUCAACCAACUUCGCUUCAAGUAUCUCUCCAAAGUUCACAACCCAAUUCAAUCACUUCAAAUAAUUCUAUGUCACAGCCGAAUUCACUACAAAACAUAUCACCGACUUCAACUGAAAGCAAUAAUAAUUCACCACCAAUAAGUUUGCAGCAGCAGUCUUUAAAGCAAAGAAUUAAUACAUUGGUGAUGAAAACAUUAGCUGAUAACACUGAAAAGGAUCGUAACUUGCAAACCGUGCAAAUGGGUGAGGCAUGGAAACUUAAAGUAUUCCAACAGACAAGAGUGGUUGUGAAUUCAAAAGAGAGCUUACAAAUAAUUGAAGAGAUUAUGAACCCUAGAAGACCGCAACAAGAUGGCAAAGUAAUCGUCUCCUUUGAUUGCGAAGGUAUCAAUUUAGGAGUUAAAGGCCAGUUAACACUUCUUCAAAUUGGAACUAUGACAGGCCAAGCUUAUGUCUUUGACCUGGUUACGUGUCCAAGCCUGGUUCAAAGUGGAGGAAUUCAGAAACUACUUGAAAGCAACAGUGUCGUUAAGGUAAUUCAUGACUGCCGUAAUGAUAGUGUAAAUUUAUUCUACCAAUUCGGAAUCACCCUGAACAACGUUUUUGAUACACAGGCUGCUCAUGCGGUUUUGCAGUAUCAAGAGACUGGUAAACCUGUAUACAAAGUAAAAAAUGUAAAUCUGAAUGCGCUCUGUGAGUUAUAUGGUGCUCCAUGUAAUCCUCUGAAAGAUCAACUAAAAAAUGUAUAUCGCCGUGACCAGAGGUAUUGGUCCCGUAGACCUCUUUCACGAGAUAUGCUGUUGUACGCUGGCUGUGAUGUUUUGAGCUUGGUGCCACAAAUAUAUACUGCUAUGUCAAGGCUUAUAAAACCAGAGAUGCAGACACUUUUCUCUGAAUUAUGCGAAGAGCAGGUGCAGAUGCACAUAAAACCAAUCGAAGUUAAGGCUCGUAAAAAACAACGCAAGGUAGAGACCGAGGUAGCAGACUUGCGAAAACGAAUGGAAGAGACUACUGGAAAAAAUAUUGUUCUUAGUAAUCGUGAAAUAAGACUCUUACGAUAUUUGGAAUUAACAGAAGAAGAAAAAGAAAAAUUACGAGGAAGUUAUAAAGUGGCACGGAAGUUGGAGAAACUCGAGAACUUAGGACAAGAUAAAGGUGAUAGCAGUGACUAUGAUGAGGAUGAAAGAAACGGUGACACCGAGUAUCCUAGUUUGGAUAGUUAUCUGUCAGAAAACUCUCAUUCUGGCGGUGUUAUGUCACCACGCAAUUCGGAACCCCCAAGUUUGACUGAGUCUAUGCAGCUGAUGGAUGAGGUAUUAUCGGAUGACCGAAUGGAUAGGCUCGAAAAAAUAGAGCGUCUUGAAGCAAUAUUAUCGACGAUUACAGCACCAUCUGAUGUAACGGCCCCACCUAGUAACAUCCAAUUAUCACCAAUAAAAUGUAUCUGCAAUUGCCACGAUGGUAAACAAGUUAGGGUACAACAAAAUAAUACCAAGGUUGAUCAUGCUGCUUCCCAAACUUUGAGUACGGGAGACAUUGUUAUUACAAGGAUAUUCUACACAGAAGCGGAGAAGGAGCGCGAGAAAUUAUUGAAUUCGCCAAAAAAGUAACAUAAGAAUCAUUGAUUUUAGUAUGCCGAUCAACUUUCAGUGAUAUUUGGGACGUAAGUGACGAAGACGACUUCUGUGGCAUUCAAAGUGAAAUAGAAAGGAUGGCUGCAUUCAGCAAGUAACGAAAACUGCUGUCCUCAUACAGCUUUUGCGGGAGCAUGUGAUUAACGGAUAUACAUAUAAUGUUUUAUUUUGUUCUUACUAACUAUCAAACGAUAUCUCCACUAACACCAAUUAGGAUUAAAAAUUCAUCGGACGACAUCAAUCACGGAACGAACUAGCAUCUGGGCGAAUUUUGAGGUAAUAUAUUCAAUUAAUCCUGCCAUUCUGGCGAAAUAUUGGAAUUCAAUGAAAUAAGGGAAGCUUGAACUUUGGUCCGAGUUUCAGUAUCUUCAUUUUUACCGAAAUCAUUAAAAAGCGGAGUAUCAUCGAAAAUACCGAGCACAAAUCGAUUACUUCCAAACGUGAUACACAUUAACGAUUAACAUACCGCAUGACCUCCAAUCUUAUACUACAACUUCGUUUAAAUGGUGUGCUGAUUAGCCGAGGUAAAAUUGAAGAUGCAUUGUAGAACAGCCAUAAGAUUACCGUUAGGUAUCUCACGUAUUUUUACAAUUGAUUUCAGUAAGCAACAGAUUAGUAACGGUCACCUAAGUAAAAACUAUUCGAUAUGCCAUAUCAAAAAAAAAAAAAACUAAAACUCGCAUUUAGGAAGAAUAAAUUGAAAUUGCUAAGUAGAACCAAAUAACCGUAGGCCAACUUUAGAAAAUUCAUGAUGCUAUAAUUUCUCUUAUAGAAGUAACUUUGAGACGAUGCAUUAAUUUGGCUAACGUUAUAAUGUUUAAAUAACAUCAUUCAGAUAUUAAUCUCUUUUCAAAGGUAAACAUCGCAAUUACCUAUUGUUUAUCAAAGUAUAAAGGACUUCUACGUUUCUAACUUAUGUGAUUAACAAUCAUUGAUAUAUAUUCACUCUAUAUCCACGCACAUACGUGCAAUUAUACCACAGGUAUGUGCGUGUAUAUGUAUUAAAAUUUCAUAAAGCAUACAUAUAUUAUACAUACAUAUACAAAUGAAUUUUAUUAUAUAUAACUUUUUUUUGCGUUUCAGCAGUGUUAUAUACAUAUUAUUUUCUUCUAGCUAUGAAUUGUUUAGGACUAAUUUGAAACUAGUUGAAUUUUUAUUUAUUAAUAAUAAUGCACCGCUGUAAAGAUUAUUGCUAAACGAGCGUAGGUGCAGACAUUCUAAUGACGAUUUGAUCGUCGCAAAUCAUUUAGCUAUACAUACAGAAAAAUACAGAAGUUUCUUAUGAAAUUAAAAAUUGAAUCCAAGUUCAUUAAAACUAAUUAUUUUAACAGCCAUUGUUUACUGCUUAUAGUAGAAUCACUAUUGUGGCCAUUUUAAUAAUGAUGCAGAGGAAGCUGUAAAGCUUGCGUUAGUAUUAUUAGGGAGCUGGAUGACUUAUGCAAUUUGAAAAUAUUCUCUAAAUUCCUUUUAUAAUUUUCAAUUAAUCAUCGUAUACAGCCAUAAUUUUAAAUGGUAUAGGGAACGAUUCGAAUAUGAUUUAUCUUAUUUACCAUACACAGGAGCAAGUAUAGAUAUCUUGAAACUGCAUAAGGAGCCACACUAACUCAAUUAAUUAUUGUAUUUAUAAUAAAUAAUUAUCAUUAGAUAGAUUUAUUCGGUUAACGCCAGGAACAAAAGUUGAUUUCAAACAUAUUCCACAAAUUUGCAGAACGUACAAAUUUGGUGUGAAUAUGUGAACAUAUAUAUAAAAAAAGAGAAAAUAAGUAAAUAAAAAAUAAAAUGUUACUUGGGUAUAAUGAUGAGUAGAGACGCAAUGUCCUGUAUUUAAAAAAUUUUAAUACCAGGUUUGAUUGCAAGGAAAAUUUUUAUAAUGAUUAAUAAACUAUUAGUUGAUAGGAGAAUACUGAGCAGCAUAGGACAUCAUUUAUGAGGUCGACUUCCAACGAAUCGCAUUGUAAAUAAUGAUUAAUGUUUUUCUAUUCAACAAUUUGUUUUCUGUUUGAAUCUGAAAGAGUACAGUAACAUUAUGGUAUGUGUAUACAACAUAUGCAUAGUGUUAAUACUUGUGUACUUCCACAUGUGUAUAAGCAAUUAUGCAUUAUAAUUUCCAACUUAUAAUGCAUGUGUUUAUAUACAUGGAUAUUUACAGACGCGAGUGUGUGUAUAUACAUGUAAUACAUUGAAGUUGUCUCCUAAUACGAAAUAAAAUGUAUUUUUAACGGUA